AUGGAGAGCAGUGGCGGGAGUGAGUCUGACGAGGACUCCGCCUCACUUCGGGAAAGGUCCAGCUACGUGGUGGACAACGAAUCUGGCGUGGCGCUGCUCCUUGAAACCCGACCUGUUAGAAGCGGCAGUGCUAACGGCACCAUGGUCAGUGCCUGGAAGUGUGGGAAGCUGGUUUGGGAGCACCAGAUUCGAGGAAGUGUAGAGCACACGACGGUGGCUGAGGGCUUCGUCGCAUUUGCGACGCCCAAAGCCCUGCACUUGCUCAGCACAGUGGGCGGAUAUUCGCUAUUCCCACCUAUGGUGCUCGACAGCCCCGUCUUGCAGCUGGACAUCCGAAGUGGAGGCUUCCUGAUGGUCCUGGGCUGCGACAGCCAGCUGCGCAUCCUGGACCUGCGAAGCCCGGGUGGGCUGACGGGGCUUCUCUUCCUGCAGACGGAGCUCCGCCAGCUCUGCGAGCCGAUGGAUCUGAAGUCUGAGUCCCUUCAGCUCAGUCCGGCGGGAGAUCUAAGCCUUCGUUUGUCGGACGGCCGAGUCCUCUGCUUCGACAGGAGCUGCCAGCACUGGACAAUCCAGCAGGAGGUCUGCGACAGCCCCAAGGAAAAAAUUGUAGGGCCUCUGCAUUCAAGCGAUGUCUUGGCACAGGCCUUGCACGAGUUCACGCUGCCGCCGGAAGUCGUGCUCUUUGAGCCGUCGGCCAGCGACAUCCACCGUGGCGGCACCCCAGCGCCGGAGGGAAAGCCGGGUAAUCGCUUGAUAUUCCUGAAUGUGCCGUUGUUGGACUUCGAGCAGAAGGCGCUUCAAAGCCUCCACGAUGCACUGAAAGACGAGAAGGCUUUGGCUCCGCUGGGCGACGGAGUGAUCCCGUCCUACGUGCGUUUGCAUGCCCUCCGGCAGUCGAAACUGCGAGUGGACAAGGCGCUUAGCACGAUCGCAACGCACUUGGAGAUGAGAGUGCAAAAGAUGCCAGUGCACGAGGAGCUGGGCCUUAGCUGGAUGGUUUUCAUGUUGCUGCGCAAUGCAAAUUUGCUGCAGAUUUGGCGAAUGGAGAAGAUCACGAAAUUUGAUGCAGAUCGGGCCACAAGGAUGAUUCUUUUUAUUCUCGAAUUCGCGGUGCGAUACCUGAUGGUCCCGGGGCGAGUCGAGAACUGGGAUUUGGCGGGCUGCGGCCUGUCAAUGGCAGCUGCAUCUUCUUUCCGCACAAUCUGCAGGAACGUCACCCGCUUGUUGGAAGAGGUGUACUGUGGUCGCAACUUCACGACAAAGAUCUUCCACAUGCCUUCAAUUGUCCGGGCGAUCGUGAAUUCGCUGAUACCUGAAGACAAGAAAUCGAAGGUGGAGUUUGUGGCGGACGCUGACAUCGCGAAGAGCAUGAGGCAGCUCUGCGAGGCCAAUCAGCUGGAAGAGCAGUACGGAGGCUCCCCUCCGCUGCCUUCCUUGCACGACGUUGACCGAUCGUUUCACGAAGGCUUCUCCUUGGAUCUUUUUGAGAAGGCGCAGGCGAUCUGGCGACCCUUCAUUGAUCAUCAGCCGCUGACCAAGACCGGAGCCGAAACGGUUUCGAAGCUGCUGGCGCGGACCAUUUCUCCGACAGAUGCCUGGAAAGAGCAGUGGCUGGCUCUGCAGAGCACAGAAGCUGCAAACAAGUAUGCCGCGCAUCAUGUAUCCGAAAGGCCCACCGAGGCUCCGGACGUCGAGCCGGAGCCCGUCUCUCCUACACUGUCGAACGCUGACACCCGAACUGUCGAUGUCCCGUCCCAAGAGGAGGGAUCUGGCCGCGCGCUCUGUGCGCUGGCUCGCGGGCGUGUUGCGGCAUCUGCCGAGGUGGCGAAGAGCAACGAGCUGGAGGUCGAGAAAGAGAAUGAGCUGGGGCUGGAGCCUCUGGACUUCUCCAGCUCCCUGGUGGUGAAGAAGGAGGUGGCUAAGGACUUUCCGGUGAUCGAGGGGGAAGCGAAGGCGCCGACGGAGAGCGGAUUUAGUGUACAGCUUGGGCAGAACAUCACAUGCGAUGGCACGAUGGCCUCCUGGGACCCCCGGAUGCUUUGCGUGGUCUGCGGCCGCGCCGCAAAAGGUCUGUGCACUACUGUAGCGAGCCGCUUUUCCGCACAAAAGCGGAGCUGUCAGCUGCUCGACUGGUUCGAGGAUCACGCCGCGCGCUGCACCGCAGUCAGGGAGCCGCCGAGCGCCGCAGUCAGGGAGGCCCGGCCGGAGGCCCUCCAGGACCGUGACGCAGAGGCUACCGCCGAGGCGGGCUGGGAGCCCGAGACCGAGACGCCUCCGAGAACGCCGACGCUCAGGCCACCAUCGCCGCCCACAGCCGACGAUCUCACGCUCGAGGAUGAGGCGGUGGAGCUUUGGAGACAAGCGCUUUCGAAGCUCUCGGAAGAGCUCUACGACGAGGAUGAUCUGGAGGAUUUGGCGGACUUGGAGGUCCUGGUGGCCACUGCCGAAGAGAUGCUGAGCAGCGGGAGACCGCGGUGUGAGCUGGUUUCCUUCGGUCCACGUCCGGUCCUUCUGACGGCACCACACUGUUUGGCACUGCUCCGCGACGGGCAGUCGCCGCACCUGGUGGAGAAGCACACGAUCGAGAUCGCCUCGGGCUGUGCUCGUUCCUUGGAAGGGAGCGUCUUGAGUUGGUCGGCCUUGGAGCGGAGGAGGACGGAGCUCUUGUGGAGGCUCUCGAAGCGCGUGAACGAGGAGCGAGGCCGCUUCGACAUCCGGGACGGCUUUCUGCUGGAUCCAAGGAAUCGGGAUCCGAACUUCUUGGCCACCUCGGAGCUGCCAAAAAACCCGUGGUUUCAAGAGAUCCGAAAGCUUUCGGAAACCUGGAGUCUGAAAUUUGGGAUCGAUUUGGAAAUGCUUCACGUGGAUGUCCAUGGAUGUCAGGAUCCACCGAACACCCCGUCGCAUCUCACAGUUGGGCUGGGUGCAAUGUGUUUCCAUGCCAUCGACCUGGGCGACGCAGAUGCCUACGAAGAUGCGAUCUGCUUUGGCAACGCCGUCUGCCGUGAGUUGAGCCAGGUCCUGGCAAAGGCCGAGGGCUUGCGGCCACGUGCGGCGCUGGUGCGUCUCGCAGCCCCAGGACCUGAGGAGGAAAACUGCGCUCCGCGCUUCUCCGGGGCCUGGCGGGGCGGCCGGCACACGCAGUCGCAGCAGGCGAUCCGCGCAGGCUUCACCCACGCCGUGCAGCUGGAGCUCUCCAAGGCACUGCGAGCGAUCCUGGCAACAGACGAGAUCCUUCUUUCCGGCUUCGCCAGCGCCUUGCGAGCGGCAUGGGUUCAAGCGAAAGCCGCAAAGAUACAAAGACAGAGGCGGUCGAAGCGCUCACGGCAAGCUCUUAACACAUAG